GGGUGUCUUAAUCAUGCUUCAUCGUAGAACAUGUGCCCAAUCAGUAUAGAGCACAGGAGAAGAAGUAGGUAUAUAGAUCCAGUGGCAGGUGAGUAGUUCAUUUAGCUCUGGCACGGGAAGACCGCAGACUGACAUUGGUAUACCAAUCUGAAACACAACAAUGCAUUCUACCAUCAUCCUCCUGGGCAUCGUGCUUGGCUUGUUGACCCAGGCAUACACUCUACCUGUAAAGAACUCUACAGGAGUCCAUGAGGGAAAGGUGAGGCUGAAAAGGAAAUACUCAGAUGAAUUUACAGACCGUGAGGAAAUGAAUGUCAUGGAUCACAUCCUGGAGGUCAAUAGCAGGUUGCGGGGCCCUCGAGGACUGACGCUCAGAGAGGGAGAUAUUGCCAGUUCAUACAUACAGAGUGCAAUAACCUGCCCUGGCAAUGCCUGUCUGUGGCCCAAGUCAGUUGAUGGAUUUGUUUAUGUCCCAUUCAUCCUCUCCCCACUAUAUGACGACAUGGACAGAAUCACCGUAGAAACUGGGAUGCAAGACAUUUCCGCUGGAACAUGCAUUAAAUUUGUUCCACGCACACAUGAAGCCAGUUUCCUUGACAUUCAGCCGAGAUAUGGCUGCUGGUCGUUCCUGGGGCAAACUGGGGGAAGUCAGACCUUGUCACUGCAGACUCCUGGAUGCAUGUGGUCAGGAGUGGCCGCCCACGAGUUCAUGCACGCUCUUGGUUUUGUACACGAACAGUCCCGCUCAGACCGGGACCACUAUGUUUCAAUUGUAUGGAAAAACAUCAUGCCAGACCAAAUGCAUAACUUCAGGAAACAGCUGACGAAUAAUCUCAACAGCCCAUAUGACUACAACUCUGUCAUGCAUUAUGGAAGAUAUGCCUUCUCUGAAGAUGGUGGGCCAACAAUAAUCCCCAGACCAGAUCCUUACAUUCCCAUAGGCCAGCGAGAUGGACCCAGCGCUCUAGAUCUUCAUAAAAUAAAUGUCCUUUAUAACUGUGGUACCAAUGAGUAACUGGGUCCAGAAUAUUAAUUCUGUCAUUCUGUCAUAUUCUGGUAAAUCUGCUCUCACGCUGUAACUGCUGGUCUUUUGCAUUUUUGUGGGAAACAUUAACUUUUAGCCGUUUCCCCUUUCUGUAGUAAUAUUUUUGAAUAAUUACCACAAAUUACAGUCUGUACUUUUAGAUUUUGUUCAGUCAUUUUUUAGUACAAUCUAACAAUCUGACAGAAAGUUGUCAUGAGAAUAAAUGGACGAGUGGGAACAGUUUUGCUAAAAAUGAAUUCACAUCAUGCUCUCUCUGAAGGAGUUCUAUCCACUAUUCUUCUU